AUGCCUCAGUCAGACGACGAGCCUGCCGUCGACGAGCCUGCCGCCUUCGACGAGCCUGCCGCCGUCGAUGAGCCUGCCGCCUUCGAUGAGCCUGCCGCCGUCGAUGAGCCUGCCGCCUUCGACGAGCCUGCCGCCUUCGACGAGCCUGCCGCCUUCGAUGAGCCUGCCGCCUUCGACGAGCCUGUCGCCGUCGAUGAGCCUGCCGCCUUCGAUGACCGCGCUGAGACGGGACGGGGGCCCGACAGUCUUGAACGUGGCUCCGCCGGUGCGACACGGCCCCCGGUGUAUGACGUGGCCAACGCGGCCUGA